AUGAAAAUUUGGCGGUUGGCCAAUCACAGCCCUGAACUGCAGAUCAGUGUUCAUACCGCUGUGAAUUUGAUUGAGAUCAUAUCAAAAAACAAACGAAUGGUGCCCAUGAAAUUAAAGGACCUGCACGAUGUCCCGCUUAAACAGAAAAAGGUGCUACUCUACGCAGAUUUUAAUGUUCCUAUAAUUGACGGUAAGAUAGUGGACACCUUCCGGAUAGAAAAGACGUGGCCUACCAUCGUUCACAUACUGUCACGUGAAGCUGAGCUGUUGGUCAUAGUGAGCCAUUUGGGACGACCUGAUGCGCACGAAAAGGAGUGCUUUAAAGAGGGUGCGAGUGGCUUAAAACAUACGCUGCUGCCCGUUUAUGAAUGGCUUUCCUUACGAAUGAGCAUCGCAUUCGCACGCGAUCUGGAUGGCUUGGGAGAAAAGAAGGGCGCAGUGUUGUUGGAAAAUACGAGGCUGUACGACAAGGCGUACCUGAUCCAAGAGCUGAGCUUUGUCGAUCUGGUCGUGUUUGAUGGCUUUAGUGUUGCCCACAGACCGCUACUCAUCCCGGGGGACAAAAAGGUGUAUGCGGGCCUGCUGAUGCGCGCAGAACUGCAGAGACGAGUGAACAAUUUCGACCUAGUCAUCAUGGGUGGCAAGAAGAUAACCGACAAAAUGGCACUUAUAAAACACCUCAGCUUCAAAAAUAUCUUUUUCGGUGGUGGAAUGAGCUUCAGCAUUCUCAAACAGAAGAAUGUGCCGAUAGGAAGCAGCUUUCACGAGGACAUAGAUUACCAGGAGCUUUUGAGCUCACAUGCUGAGCAAGCCUUCACGCUCCCCAACGAUUUUUUGGUCAGGAAGGGCGAUAAGUACAAGGUAGUGGAUAAGAUCGAUAAUGGGUGGAUGGGCGUUGACAUAGGACCGAAGAGUAUAAAAGCAUUGAAAAAGCUGAUAGAAAGCAGCAAAUGCAUAUUUUGGAACGGACCGAUUGGUAUGUUUGAGGAUGAGGAGUGCGCGAAUGGUACUAUGCAACUUGUGAAGCUGCUGGAGAGUGCAGAGAAGAACGGGAAGUAUGUGCUGGUGGGGGGUGGUGAGACGGCGUAUGCAGCACGUAUUUUUGGACAGUUAGAACAUGUAUCGACGGGUGGAGGUGCUCUGCUCAGUUACAUGGAGGGUAUUGACAUGCCGGGCCUGAACGCCUUAGAAAGGGAACACUAACCGGACGAGUCGUGGUUGGUGGGAUAAGGGUGUUAAAGUGCCAUUAAAAAGUACAUUUCGUGUGAUUUGCCUGAACUAUGAGGGCGUUUUCCCAUCAGAAGUACGUUUAUCUACCUCCUUGUACAACGGCAUAUAAAUAAACACAUAUUCCUGGCUUGUUGACCGAUCGUGGAUGUUGGCCCAUGGUUCAUGAAAUUACGAGGAUGUUUCUCUUUGAAAUGUACGAGGCGAUACGGUGCAAGGAUCAAAAAGGCAUGUUUUUUCGUGUGUUGCUGGUAUUAUGAGA